GAAGAAGCUAACGCGUCUGUCGGCAGAAUGUGCACAGAAGAUUCAGGCAGGUGAAGGAGUGCGGACAUUUCUCCAGUCGCUGUUGUACUGGAGGACCAGACGAGACCAUUUUUGACACCUGGAGGGUUGGAUGGAAACAGCAGGAGGCCAGCAGGUAGAGAACCGAGCCGAGCCGAGCCGAGCCGGACCAUGGCGAGAUGUGAGAGACAGCAGCACCCAGACAGAGAGCCGAGUACAAGGCCAUGGCCCCAGGUUAUCAAAGGUAAAUCUGUUCACCCUUCUGAGCCUGUGGAUGGAGCUGUUCCCUCAGGAGCCACCUGAAGACGAGGACCAGUGUCAGCAGCAUGUCCGCGGGACGGGUCUGGUGGUGGUUCGCGACAAUAAGGUGGUGGGACUGCACUGCUCAGGGCCUGAACUCCACGCAGGACAGGCGGCCAUCAUCCGACAUGGAGCCAGACUGGUCGACUGUCAGCUGUACUUCUCUAGAAGACCCUGUGCUACCUGCCUCAAGAUGAUCAUCAAUGCUGGAGUCAGUCAGAUCUCCUUCUGGCCUGGGGACCCUGAGGUUAGCGUGCUGGGGUCAGCCUCUACAAAUCAUUCACGUUACCUCUCCCACAAUGCAACGGACUACAUAACUCAGGAGGCCACGCUAGAUGCCGUCGCAACAGAAAAACUGAAGUCCAACAGUCGUCCUCCCAUCUGUGUGCUGCUGCAGCCACUAGCACCUGGUCUGGCACAGUUCAUAGACGAGACCUCCAGGGGGAGUGAUUUCAUGGAGAGAGUGACUGAUGAUGAGCCGGAGCUGGACACAGAGGAGCUCUUCAGCAGACAGCGCAGGAAACACCUAGAGGAGUUGUCCAGAGUUUUCUUGGUGGCGACUGCCCAGCAGCACCGGGAGGUUUUAACCCACAUGGGCCUGGAGAACUUCUGCAUGGAGCCCUACUUCUCCAACCUGAGACACAACAUGAGGGAGCUGGUAGGGGUUCUGGCUACCAUCGCUUCUGGGGUACCACAAGUCCGCCAUGGCUUCUACAGGGAACAUUCUUCAACCAGUGACCCGUCCCAUCCAUCACAGGACCAAACCUCAGUGCCUCCUCAUAAGGAAAUGUCCCAAGAUGUGGCUCGCCACUGCAUCAUCCAAGCCAGGCUGCUGGCUUAUAGAACAGAGGACCCCAAAGUGGGCGUGGGUGCUGUUAUCUGGGCCGAGGGCCAGACGGCUGGCUGUGACGGCACAGGACGUCUGUGCCUGGUGGGUUGUGGGUACAACGCUUACCCGGCAGGCUCACAGUACGCCGAGUACCCGCAGAUGGACAACAAGCAGCAGGACCGCCAGAGACGCAAAUACAGAUACAUCGUCCAUGCAGAGCAGAACGCCCUCACAUUCAGGAGUCGGGACAUCAGACCGGGGGAGUCCACCGUGCUGUUUGUAACUAAAUGUCCAUGUGAUGAGUGUAUCCCUCUGAUCAGAGGAGCUGGCGUCACACACAUCUACACCACUGACCAGGACAGCGGCAAGGACAAGGGGGACAUCUCCUACCUGAGGUUCAGCAGCCUGAAGGGAGUCAGCAAGUUCAUAUGGCAGAAGUGUCCUCCGGUUGGCUCCGUGUCUUAUGUUGCCAACGGCUGUGUUGGGAAGCAUGGCAGGCAGGCGGACGAGCAGAGCCAGAGCAACAAGAGGCUGUGCACCAGCAGAGCCCUGGACUCCCUCCCAUCUGCUGAACAGCAGCCAGCCAGAGAAAAGUCACCUUUUUCACUCUCUGAGCCCCAGAGCUGAUAGAUCAUGGCUGCCUGAUCACAGCUGAAACUGGGAAAAAUCCCCCUGUGCUAGACUACCAUGAGUUCAGUUAUGUUAUGCCUUAGAUACGGGACUUGGCUCUGUUUCACAAAUCCCCGGCAUAAAAUUCUAGGAAUACACAGGAAUACAGUUUUUUGGGAGAUCGUACUUUUGGUCAACUUCACACACAAAGUGCUAAGAAUACCACAAUCAAAAUGUGUCCAUGGUAAAUUGUUGGUUCCAGUGCGCCGCUCACUGAUAGUAGGCAACUAGUAUUAUUUCAAAAGAAAUUUUAGCAUUUUUAAAGCUAAAUGGUAAAUUUAAAAGUGUUGAAAUUUACUUGAGAUAUCAUUAAAAAUAAUGAUAGACUGUUUUGAAUUGGCAGUUGACUACUUUUUCUGUUUCACCAAAAAUGAAAUCAAAGUAAAAAAGUCAGGACUGACUCUUGACUCCCUCUAGUGGUCAGAAGUUUGUUAGUGCAGCUUUAAUCCAUCAGAAAUCAAACUUGGAACACUGAAGCAAAUAUCUACCAGGGGCUCACUGAUGAUUUUGGUGUCUGUCUUCACUUUUUCGGUAAGUUGACCAAUUGGCCAGCCAACCAAAAAACAUGGUGUGCUCUUACGCGGCCUAAACCUGAGGCGUGGGAGACAUUUUUGUCUGCAAUCUGCUCUCAGGUCAGUGUGAAGGCCAGCAUCACGGGAAUACUUGAUCUGAAAACAAGGGGAUGCACUGGGCUGUGUUGUCAAGCUGUGCUCACUUCCUGUGUGUCACCAAGGAGCUCGACAGGAGCCGCUGUGUCACUGGACUGGAGAGACGAGGACAACAACAGCCUGAGACACUGAGACCUCACCUGAGAGCACGGAGACUGACGGAGUGAUCAGUGGAUCCAAGAGGUAAAGACAGUAAUAUCAGGUGAACGUUGGACAAUUUGGAAAGGACAGGAUGCCAGAGUAAUAAUUUCAGUAGUAAUAUAUACAAUGUUAUGUUACAUUAUUAUCAUUUGAAGGUGUGUCUUGAUGAAGCACUUAUUUUAAAUACAGGGUGACACAAAAAAACGGGAACUUUUUAACAAGCCAAUAAAACCAAGAGUGAUGGAAGAAAAAUAUUUUAUUCAUAGUAACUGAAACCUGAAAACAUGCCAUUUAAGAAACAAUGAUGGAAUUUUCAUUUUUUUAAAAAUUGUGCUGCCACUUGCUCAUGUCUGCCAAUACGAACUUCAAAGAUUCCCGUUUUUUUGGGUCACCCUGUAUAAAUGAGACAUUAUAGAUGUGACAGAUAUGAGUGUUUGUGAGGGUGACAUGGUGAGGACAUUGGCAUUGUCCUGGGAGACCACUGCUGCUAGAAUAUUUGAAAGACAUUGAGCUGCCUUUCAAGCUGUAGGUUUUUUUUUUUUUUUUUUUUUUUUUUUUUUUUUUACCAAGAAUUACAAUAUGAGCAGUUUGUUAUGGUUUAUCGGGUUUGGUGUCAGACAAAAUCAAGGGUAGACAUUUGUCACCCAGAUCGAAGGAAACGUCAAGAGCGCUUGGUGAUUUCUGUGAAGCGUUUUGUUCAUUAAAUCACUUUGCUUUAGUUUUAAUAAGCGCCAUGCUACAUAAAAAGACAAUGCAGUUGCACUGAAAAUUACAAUCAAGAAUUCUGCAAAACUCUGGCUUACUGCAUAGUUUGAGGACGUAUCCGUUAUUUUGCACAUUAUUCAUUUGCUCCAGGGGCAAUUGAAUUUUAACAACUCCAACCCAUAACAUAUAGUCAGGAGUCAAAUUUUGACAAAACAUUUUGGAGGGCAGUCAAUGCCACUCUCUUGUUGAAAGUGAUCAUUUUAGAAGGUAAAAGACGUUCACUUGAAACGACUUAGUUUGAUAGUUGCAUAUUGAUGUCUAAAAAUGACAUCCCAAAACGAACAGCUUUUCAUAGGGGAGAUGGCACAGUGCAGUUUUUUCUCUUGUAUGCCACCAGUUUUGUAGAAUGAAGUGACCUGCCAUGUUAAAUCUCCUGAACGCCACAUGCACAAUGUGCACAUCUUUUACCAUUCAGGAAAACUUAACAGUCCGCUAACUGUGAUGCUGUGUGUUGUCCAGAAUGUCCACUGACCCAGUGUCUUUUGUCAACUAAUAAUAAACCAGAGAUUCCACAUUUCACAUUCCACAUUUUUUAUCAUCACCAUGCCACUAAGGUCAAAUGUUUUGACAGAACGAGACCUUGGAUUUGGACACAACUGGCAGCUACACAGCAACGCUUCCACACGACCAAGUGUCUUCAUAUGUCCGUUACAAUAUGUUCUUCCUAUUUGCACUACGACGCUGCUUUGACUCCCAAUGUGUUGUGAUGUGAACAUGAUGCUCACUACUGUUGAAGGAAAAAGAGAAUUGUGUCUUCUUUGCAGAAAGGAGACACAUUUUUCUGAAAUUUGAAAAUCCAGAAAGCCUGGUCUGAAUAGUGUAUCCAUUUUUAUAAGGGACAAAUUGCAUUCCCAGUAAUUUUAUUAUAUUUUAAGAAAAUCAGCUGUAUGCUGGCCCAUCAGCUAAACCAAGCAACAUGCAAGCACUGCUGCCCUUCUGCAGUGAACUAACGGCUGGUAGUAUACAAGGUUUCAGUGGAGACAGCGUAAGAGGAAAAUGUAAAAGUCUUUGCAUUUGAGCAAAUGCAUGGUGAAAACAAAAUUGGGAAAUUCAGCUUUAAAUAUAAAGUCUAUCAGUGUAAACAUGCCAGAAAGAUAAGCACAGACCCACUUGAUCUUUAUCAUUUUCAUCCUUUAUUCAUUGUUUAAUAUGGUACAAUAGCAUCAAUGUGGAAAAUAGGUGGUUUUCAAAUUUGAACUUCUGAAAGGACACAGGUAAAAUAAUGUGUAGUUUUGCUGGGAGACUAAUUUUUUUUCUGGCUAUUGCGGUUGGGGAAAAAACAUAAAUAAGCCAAAGAAGUUGAAUUUGGCUCAAGUGAUAUUUCUGAUGUUAAGCUUGAAUCUGUAGAAUUUGUUUUUAUUUCCGUUCUCUGUUUUGAAGCGAUGUUUGAUAUCAUGUAAUACUGUCACAGCUUGUACCCUCCAAAACAGCUUGGUUUCCUCUCACUCAAAGGUAAAUGACAUUAUACCAUGAUCCAUUUCUAUUUUUGUUGUCAGUGCAUAAAAAAAAAAAAAAUAAUAAUACAAUAAGACUUUGUGUUUACAUGUCUCCAAACUGUCCUUUUGUUGAUAUUCUUAUUGUUGAUUUUUGCAUUCUUCCAUUAUUUAUUUUGAUUCGCUGGAUUUAAGACAUGACCACAGCAUGUGAUGGCUAAAUAUGCUGAAAGUUUGUUUUGAGGCUGUAGAAGUGUCUGUUGACAUGACUGCAAAUGCUGAAGUGAGAGAGAUUGUUUUUUUAUGUUAACUUUUACGGACUCAAACGGUUCACUGGAAAUAUAUAAAAUAGAUAUGGCAAAAUAAAUUCUGAAUGGGG